GCUACGCAGAGGAAGCACCUGGUGAAAGAUUUCAACCCGCACAUCACCUGCUACAUCUGCAAGGGCUACCUCAUCAAGCCCACCACGGUGACCGAGUGCCUCCAUACGUUUUGUAAGACGUGUAUUGUUCAGCACUUUGAAGACAGCAAUGACUGUCCCAGGUGUGGCAACCAAGUUCAUGAGACCAACCCACUAGAAAUGUUACGGCUGGAUAAUACCUUAGAGGAAAUUAUAUUUAAGUUGGUGCCCGGACUUCGAGAACAGGAACUGCAGCGAGAGAUCGAAUUUUGGAAAAAAAACAAGCCUCAAGAGAAUGGACAAGAUGAAAGUCCAAAAGCUGAUAAGCCCAAAGCGGAUGAGGAAGGUGAUGAAAAUGAAGAAGACAAAGACUAUCACCGGAGUGACCCGCAGAUUGCUAUCUGCCUUGACUGUCUGCGCAACAACGGGCAGUCAGGGGAUAAUGUAGUAAAAGGUUUAAUGAAGAAAUUCAUCCGCUGUUCUACCCGAGUGACCGUGGGAACUAUUAAAAAGUUUCUCAGCUUAAAAUUAAAACUUCCAAGUUCUUACGAGCUGGAUGUACUAUGCAAUGGAGAAAUCAUGGGGAAGGAUCAUACUAUGGAAUUCAUCUAUAUGACAAGAUGGAGACUAAGAGGCGAAAACUUUCGGUGUCAGAACUGCUCAUCUUCGCAAGUCUGCUCGCAGGAUGGCACUUUUUAUCAGUCUUACCCUAUGGUACUUCAGUAUCGACCUAGAAUUGACUUCGGUUAGACCAAAGGGCCAGAUCCCACUGAGAUGAAUCCUGCACUAUUUGUUUACCCAUCGACAGAUUGCACAAUGAAUGGAUGUGCCUGGAUUAGGGGGACACAACCAGAUUUUCAGCAUGCAAAUAAGAACAUUGUCUUUCUUAAAAUUGUCAGUUGCAUCUUCGUUGUUUCUAUUAGAGCAAGCCAAGUGCCAUUCUGCUACUGAAAUGUGCAUAAGAUAUUUGUGGCUCUUAAAAGUGUGCUGCAAGUCAUAGCCAAAAUCAUGAGGUGUACGGUCAAGAUUCAGAACUUACGGAAAAUUUUUGCCUGCGUAUUAGAAGUUUUUUUUCUGGUCCUAAUAUUGAUUACAUUAGCAAAAUGGCAGAGUGCUCAUUUCAUGUGGUGUUGCAGUUUUCACAUACUUACUAUUUUACUGAAUAUUGUUGUUUAAAUCAUAGAGUACUGUACAAAUAGCUAAGGAUUAUACCUUGAAAAUAUUUUGUAUAGAAAAUAUAUUUAGAAAAGUGGUAAUUGGGCCACUGUCUUUUUCUUGAUAAGCUUCUCAUGGGUCCAGGUAUAGCUCUCUCAUGAGUGUGCAACAGUCCUUUGCAGCAAACACAUCUCUUGCUAGGGGUGAUCUUUAUCAUGUGGUAAAUCCAAAAAGUCAUUUUCAAAAUAUCAUAGCCUUUCUGGUAGCACUUUUCUGUGAUUUCCGUGAAGACUGGAAUUUGAGAUACAGCUAAUAGAAAGUUUCUGGUCAGAUUACCUUUCUCCUAACAAAGACUUUGUAAAUUAAGUUAAAAUUAUUUAAAUUGCUAUAAAACAAAUUUCACUGUAAAAUCACAACCAGGGCAGAAUUUAUACAUAAUUACUGUUUCUCAUAAUAAGAAUAUCCUUUUAAGAUUGGGUGGAGAUAAAUUAUAUGUUAAGAAAAGGCAAAAUAUUACAAAACCUGUGACUUUAACUAGAUCAUAGAUCUCUUGCGACUGUCUGGAGUUUGGAGUCAACUGUGGGAUGUUUCAUUCACUGAAGUCACAUCAUAAAGCCUGCGCCAUAAAAUUAGAGGUAAUGCAAUACUGAAGAUGAGCAGUCUCACCAAAAUAAUAGUUCAGGUUGUUGUUUUUCCAAAGAUCUGGUAAUGCUGGAUGAACCAGGGGAUUGUUGCCUUAGGUACUGCGAGCACGAGGGUGCUAGGAGAGGAUGUUUGUGGAGGUUUCUGGUAAUGUUGCAGGGAGCAUAGUAAUGCAGAGGUUUUCUGUAGUCUGCCAUUGUCUUUGCUCUGUUUAAAAGUCUUUCUGUUUUUUUGUUUUGUUUUCUUUAAAUUCUGUGGAGAUAUUAAUAGUUCAGUACUUCCGUGUAAUUUCUACUUAAUACACACCUACUCAUCCUGUAGGUAACUAUUUACUUUCUUAUACUUUUUGCAUACAACAAAAAGGAACCAAUUGACCUUCUCAGAAGCUACUCUAGAGAACAUGUUUAGAUAAGACAAAGUGAAAAUCCUAACUUGAAAACUUGGGAUCAAAGCAUAAAAGAUGGAUACGAGGCUGUAGCUUUAUAUUCUUGUGCAUUAUGUCUUUCAAUAGGAGAAACAAGCAUGUUAUGGGUAGAAUCUGGCCCCUUUAGUGUUAGUGGGAGUUCUCACAUUGGUGACUUCAGGCAUCCAUAGGUAGUUGGGCUAAAUCCUACCAUUGCACUCCCAGGUCCGCAAGACAUGCAGAAAUAAAGCUGCUGUCAGUAGCAGCCAGUUUAGGAACCCAGCCGCUGCAGGUGGAGGCUGCACAUGUUGUGCAGGCACCAGUGAGCCUGGGGAAGCAAAAUGUUUAGGAGCUGCUGUUCCUUUCUGCAGGCAUAAGGUGCAGGCUGGUACAGGCACUCAGCUACCCCAGCCCUUGAUGGGAAUAAGUGCACGUACUGGCCGCAGGAAGGGGUCACCUUUUUGCCCCUCCAGGCUGGCAUGUGCUGCUUGGCACAAACAACAAGAGACUUCGUGGAGGGAGGGCCUUUCUCCUCACCGUCUCUGGGAAGAACAGAUUCCUUACAAGCAAGGAGGCUUUCCCUGUGGAGCAGCUUGUAAGAUCAGAGCGUGCAUUCUAAUCUAUAAUUGCAAAUCCUGUUAUCUUUGAACAUAAUUGAAUUUGCUGGAGAAAUAGGAUGUUAUUUGUAAAUAUUUAUGUGCACAUGCAAAUGACACCUUACAGUUUUUAUAUAUUUCACAUGUUUUUGUAUCAGAAUUUUCACUAUAGCUCCACUUAAAAAAAAAAAAAAGUGUGAGUUUAUCACUAAUGGUAGUGCUCUUCAGCAGAGUUUUUACUUGGUUCAGGGGACUAUUUUUCCUUCUCAACAAUUGCAUUUGUUAUUCCAUCGAAUUUGAAAAGAAGGGAAGAAGGGGAGAAAAACGUGUGUUACUUCUAAUGCAUUUUCAGUCACCUUAUAUGCAAGUUUGCAUCCACCUAACAAGUUCAUUGAAAUUGGACUGUUUGGUAAUGGCUUCUGAAUGACAGCCCUUGAAGGUUUGAAUGCUUUUGACUUUUUGCAUUCUCAGUUCAGAGAGCCAUUGAUUUGUGUUAAUCAGAAUUGGCAAUUGUUUUAAAUCAUGGUACCUUCUUGAUCCACCUUAAAGCUAAAUUUCAGAAGGUAGAACCUCAUUUUAAGCAUGUAAAAUACUGACAUGGUUUCCCAUUCCUAGCUGAAAAUCAUGGCCUUAAAUGCUUUUCAAUGCAUAUGAUCUAGCUACCUAAACUUUAUACCUUUCUGGUUUGAUGGCUCAGUGCCCCAGUGCUCUUCUAGUUUCAUGGAUUUUGUAGUUUGAAGCCGAAGUGUCAGUGAAAUGCACACCUUAACUGACCAGCCUGUAUAACACCCAGCCAUUGCUUCUUUUUCAGGAAACCUCUGUGUAGUAUGUAUGUGCCAUCUGUCUACAGAUAUGCAUAUUUGACUAUCCCUGUUGAUUCCUUUGUGCCAAUUAAAAAUAUAUGAACAGUACAGGAAUAUGAGAAUGCAGGUACGGAUUCCAGUGUGCCAAAGAUGAUUUAAAGUGAAGUGAGUACCUAAGCAUUCCAUUAAAUACUAUGUAGCUUCAUAGAGCACGAGGUUACAGUCACUCUCUGAAUAUUUCCAUGAUAAAGUGUCACUGCUGCAUAGUAAGCAAAGAAUUGGAAAAUAAGUAUUCCUACAACUGUUUUUCUGUAGCUUUUCCUAUUUGACAGUGCCUAGCUACAACAGUAUAGGGCCUAAGAAGUUCUGCACUAGUACUUAACCAUUCAUUCUCUCACUCAGCAGAUUUGGUGUUGUUGUUUUCUCCCAUAGGCCAGUAAUUUGUGUCUUCCUUUAGCUCUGGGUAACCCCUUAAUGAAAGUCAAAACCAACCAUUUGUUGGGCCUAACAGUAUGCUGCAUUUCUCUACUGACAAGCUGUAAGCUAGGAUGUACAAAUGGGGUCUCUUAAAAGCUGGAACUGUGUAAUCAUAAUCAAGACCUUUAUCUGCUGUCUAAGGACAAAGCCCUAUAAACAUACUUGAGUGAAAUAUUAAGUAAGGCUACUGUGGUAACCUAAGGGACUAUUGGUGCAGCAGGGGUGGUUCCCGUGAAUGCUUUGGGAUUUAGGCCCUGGCAGUGUGCAGCACUAUAACCAUAAUGCACAUACUCAGCUAGCUUGUGGUUUGUAUGCAAAAAAACCUCCUUAUUCUUUUCUGAAAAAUACUAUUUUGGCUUUAUUGAAAAUGUUACAUAAAGCAAAGUGCCUGAUUGUUAAUACAGAAUUCUUUUAAAACCCAUUAUUUGUUUCUGGCAGGUAAUAUUUUCUGCUGCAUUUUAUCAAUAGUCCUAAUAUUUUUCUGCAAGACUAUUUCAUAAUAAUUCUGUAGUGAGAAGCAAUCUUUCCUAUGAAACAAACAGAAAAAGAAAUAUGUUUGGUUAGAUUAUAUGAAAUUGAAGAAACAUAUCUUAGUGGAAACUGUGAUAAGCAUUAGUUAUAUUGAGAUGCAACCAUUUUUCUUCAUAAGGUAACCAUGAAUUAUGGAUCUUGAUCUUUUCUCUCUGGACUUUAAAAAUUUGACUCUACUUUCCUCUUCUGCAGUCAGCAGAGGCAGUUCCAGUGUAUCUGUACUAGAAAAAAAGAUUGAUUGCAUUCCUUAUAGUUGUAUGCAAUAAUCAAACUUUAUCUCUGAAAAGACCAAAGGCAGUUAAGACUCUGUUCCUCCCUGUAGCACUGCAGAGGUGCUUAGGCAUUACAGAGCUGCUUAAAUCAGGAAGUUGGUCUAACUUUUUCACAUAACUUUAGUUGAAGGCAUCAGUUUAAAUCUAUCAAAAUAUGUGGUUAUCAGGCAGGGUACUCCCCACGUAAUUAGACCUUUUU